AUGAGGCUGACCAUUUUGCUUGCUCUGAUUUGUAUCGCUUUUGGCUACGUUUCGGGCCAACCACCGGGCUAUCCAAAUGCUCGUCCUCCUCCGGCAACUUAUCUGCCUGCCAAGCCACCAGCUUCACCACCUCGACCUCCUCCACCGCCGACCAAUAGCUAUGGUCCCCCCAAGAAUGGCAAUGGAAAGCCACCACCUGCUCCACCCAAGCCCAAUAACAGCUAUGGACCACCACCCAAAAAUGGCAAUGGAAAGCCUCCCCCCAAAAAUGAAUACUUGCCACCAGGCAAUGGCAAUGGUGGAGGAGGUGGAGGUGGUGGAGGAGGUGGAGGAGGUGGAGGAGUUAUACCCAUUAUCAAGCUGGAAUCCAAGGUGAAUACAGAUGGUUCUUAUAAGUACGAAUACGAGACCGGAAAUGGAAUAAAGGCCGAGGAAAUGGGCUACCUGAAGAAUCCAGGGGUGAAGGGAGCGGAGGCGCAGGCGGCUGAGGGCUCCUUUUCGUACACCAGUCCCGAGGGACAGCAAAUCUCGCUGACCUAUACUGCGGAUGAGAACGGAUUCCAGCCGCAGGGCGAUCACCUGCCCACCCCGCCACCCAUUCCCGUCGAGAUUCAGGAGGCGCUGGACAAGUUGGCGGCCGGAGGAGGCUGCCAAGGAUGCGAUGACAACGAGACUGGAGGCAACGAUGAAGGCGGUGGAGGUGGCUAUUCCUACCGCCGAAAGUAA